GUAAUUCUAACUCCAGUUUGAGUGAAUCAUAUAUUUAUUACACUAAAACCGAAAUUUUAUAUCUUCUGUCAAACUGACAACCUAACGUAUCUACACGUUGAAACCUUCUUUUUUGGCCCCGAAGUUUCCUCUUCCUCAUAUUUCUUCCCCACAACUACUGUUUGAAUCCAAAAUCUCCUCCUCCGAGAAUACCAUUUCCAGUCACCACCUCUCUCUCUUUCUCUCGCACUCUCUUCGUUCGUGAUCCUAACCCCGCCUGUGGUGCAUCAAUUGAGGAUUCGAGUUCCAUUUUGGAAUUGAGAUGAGCGUUUGAUCUUCGUACCUGCUAGGGUUUCUACUUCCCCCUGCUCUAUCCCCUACCACCCCUCUCUCUCUCUCAUGGCGAUGAGAGGUGUCGAUUUCAAGUGGUACGAUGGGUUCUUCUUGUCGAUGCUCGCAACUAGUGUAAUCAUUGUGGCAAUCAACUGGAAUAAGUAUCAUCUGUGCAAAUACCCAUUGCACGUAUGGAUAGUGGUUGAUUAUACCACUGUGUUCAUCUUUCGCCUCCUGAUGUUUGUAGAUAACGGUCUUGCUGCUGGACUUGGCUUGGAUUUUGGGAGGCAGCAGCGAUAUGCUCGGUUUUGUGGAAGAUUGGUGGUUCUGUCUAUCCUGUCUCUGUGGCUUUACCCAUUACUGUGGGCUUGGACAGUUAUUGGUACACUAUGGUUUACAAGAGCGAGAAACUGUUUACCUGAAGAAGGUCAAAAAUGGGGUUUCCUUAUCUGGCUGCUGUUCAGCUACUGUGGACUACUCUGCAUUGCCUGCAUGUGUAUUGGAAAGUGGAUGGCGCGAAGGCAGGCACACUUAUUACGUGCUCAGCAGGGGAUUCCCUUUUCAGAAUUUGGGAUUUUAGUUGACAUGGUUAGGGUACCCGACUGGGCAUUCGAAGCUGCAGGUCAAGAGAUGAGAGUCAUGGGUCAAGAUACCACUCCAUACCAUCCUGGUCUGUACUUGACUACGGCUCAGAGAGAAGCAGUUGAGGCUCUAAUUCAAGAACUUCCAAAGUUCAGGCUAAAAGCCGUCCCUACUGACUGUAGUGAAUGCCCAAUCUGCUUAGAGGAGUUCAAUGUCGGAAAUGAGGUUAGGGGAUUACCAUGUGCCCACAACUUCCAUGUCGAAUGCAUAGACCAAUGGCUGCGGUUAAACGUAAAAUGCCCACGUUGCCGCUGUUCUGUCUUCCCGGAUCUCGAUCUAAGCGCACUGUCCAAUCUCCGCAGCUCUGACGCGAUAGGAACAACCGAUACAACGACGGAAAACCAACCUCCGAGCCAGAGUUACAUGUUGAGAAUGCAGGGCCUUCUCCGGCCAGUGCGCACAGGUUCAGAGACUGACACUGCUCGUGAAAGCUCCGAGACGAGGUAAAGAGUGUUUGUCUAUGGAGAUUAUUGCUCAUACUGACUGAUUCUUGUUCUUCUUUAAAAAAAAAUUUGAACUUUUGACUGCUGGUUUUUUGGCUCACCCGCAAACUUUACCACUGUAAAUGAGUUUGUCUUAAAAGAAACACAAACUGGGGUUUCCAUUAGGACCAAGAAGGAAGAAAAAAGGGUACUGUCUUGGUCUUGGUCUUGAUCUGAUUUGGAUAAAUAUGAUUUAAGUUAUAUU